AUGGUUGAUAAAAUCUCUGAACGGAUGCAAGCUGUUCAAACGGCAGUUGAAAACUUAAAAAUUUGUCAAAAUGAUCCACCGUAUACAAUAACUCAACACUAUGGUUUUAUAAAAUUUGAUGAAAAUAAAUCUGAUGCUACUUCACGUCUUUCACAAUAUAUACGAUUAAGUCUUGAAACAAAUGCGGAAACAGUUGUGAAAUUUAUGCAAAUAGGUUGGGAUUUACCAAAACCUGAUUUAAUUAUAUCUAUAACUGGUGGAGCAAAAAGUUUUGAUAUGUCAGCACGUCUUAAAAAAAUUUUUCAAAGUGGUCUAGUUUCUGUUGCUAUUACAACGAAUGCAUGGUUGAUUACAGCUGGAACCAAUGCUGGUGUCGUUAAAGAAGUUGGUGAAGCCCUUAAUAAUUAUCGUUAUAAAAAUCGAAAACGUGAACUUGAGAUUCCAUGCAUCGGUAUUGGUAGUUGGGGUUAUACAGCAGGAAAUGAUCAACUUGAUAAGCAACCGUCAAAUAUUUCUGCAAAUGUGAGUAAUACAAAACGAAAAGAUUCAUACACGAAACAUCAUCAAAAUCAAGAAGCACAUUCUAUUCAUAUGGAGACGAGUAAUCAAUAUGGUGUUCGAAAUUAUAUUGUUAAAGAAAAGCAAAGGAAGCGAUGUGAUUUAGAACCAAAUCAUACACAUUUUUUGUUAUUUGAUGAUGGACAAUCAACUGCUGAUAGUGUUCUUCAAUUACGAGCAGAAAUUGAAAAAUGUUCUCGAAAUAUCAAUAUUGAAACUACAACAGAAGGAGCAGUAGAAUCACCUAUACCUAUUGUUAUGGUUUUGGUUGAAGGUGGUCCAUCAUCCAUUCGAACAAUUUGUCAAGCACUUGAAUCAAAUACUCCAGUUGUCGUUAUCAAAGAUUCAGGUCGUGCUGCUGAUCUUGUUGCUGAACUACAUGCGUGUUAUUCUGACAAUGAGAGUGGCGGUGGUGGUGGGUAUCCUACAAGACCACCAUCUGGUUUUGCUAAAGGUAAUUCAAAAGAAGCAGACAUCAAUGCAAUUUUGGCUAAAGCACGAGCUGAUAUUUCAGGACUUGAUGAAGUUAAAAAUGAUUUAUGUCGAAUAUUAAAUGAACGUAAACAACUUGUAACAAUUUUUAAAUUUGAUAGUAAACGAUAUCGGGGGAAUCUUGAAGAUGCUAUUCUAGAAAUAUUAUUUAAUGCUGCAAAAUUUUCCGGUGAUUAUAAUGAACAAAAUCGUCGAGCAAUAGAACUUAAUUUAGCUAUAGCAUGGCAUAAAUUUGGUUAUGCUCGUAAACAUCUUCUUACUGAUAAGACUAUAUCUAAAUGGAAAAAAGGGGAUCUUCGCCGUGGUCUUGUCGAUGCACUUCGUCGUGGUCAUGUUGAUUUUGUUGAAUUACUUAUUGAAUUUGGUACAUCACUUGAAGAAUUAACAAAUGGAAAUCUUAAAGAGCUUUAUGAAACACCAUUAAUUAGUAAGCGGUUACCACUUAAAGGUAAAAGAAGGCAUAAUACAUGGACAAGAGAAGAAUUUCAUUUAGUUUACCUUCAUUCGACUAUUUAUGAUACAGACAAGAACAAAAUUUUCUCAAAAUUAGAUGAUGAUAAACCAUUAGGUAAAAGUGCUCCACAAGAAUUAUUUUUAUGGGCUGUUUUUCUUGAUCGAUAUGAACUUGCAACAUAUCUUUGUUCAAAAACUUGGAAUCCAUCAGUAGCACCGUUAUUUGGUGCACACAUCUACCGACGAGCAGCAAGAUUAAUAGUUGAUUCAGAUAUACAACAACAAUAUGAAGAAAAUGCCCAGCAAUUUGAUAUUCAUGCUGCGUCAAUUAUUGACCGAUGUUUUGAUACUGAUGAAAAUUUUGCUGUUGAUCUUCUAAAACAUUCUGCUAUUGCAUUUAAUGACAUUGAUCCAUUACUAUUAGCUCGAAAAGCUGAUUGUAGAACAUUUCUUGCAUCAAAAUGUGUUCAAAGAUAUCUUGAUAAUGAAUGGUUUGGAUAUAUCAAUUACAAACGAAAAGCUAUUAAUUUCCUAACCUUCCUUUGUUCAUUAUUUCUUCCUUUAAUUCCAAUAUUUUGUUUCUUUCUACCUUAUAUAGAAAAGCAUCAAAAUAUUGUUUCAAGUACCCAAGAUCGUUCAAGAGAUAGUCAAUCGACGAUGGUGCAUAACAAUGAUGAAUCUAUCCAACGUAAAAGAAAACCUAAUGUUUCAUGGUUAGAUAAAAUAAGUUAUUUCUAUAAAGCACCGAUUGUACGAUUUUAUUAUUAUACAAUAUUCUUUAUUAUAUUUUUGGUUUUAUUCAGUUUUGUUCUUCUUGUUGAUUAUUUUCCAUUAAAUAAUUAUGGUGAACGUCGAUCUGGUUUUCGAAAUAUAACAAUACCAAUAACUGAAAUGAUCCUUCAUAUUUGUAUAUGGAGUUUAAUUGUAGAAGAAAUUCGUCAAUUUUUCUUUGUGAAUUACAAAAGAGAAUAUCUUUCAGAAAUAUGGAAUAUUAUUGAUAUUAUUGCAAUUAUUAUAUAUACUAUUGCUUUUAUUACACGAUUUAUUGUUCUUCAACCACUUUUUGUUAUAUCAAAAAUAUUCUUCGGUGUUGAUUUCAUACUUUGGUGUGUUCGUACAUUACAUCUAUUUACUGCUUUUGAAAAAUUAGGACCAAAAUUAAUUAUGAUAUUUAAUACAAUGAAAGAUCUUCUGUUUUUUGUUUGUUUUAUUCUUAUAUUCUUAUUAGCAUUUUCAAUAACAUCAUGGUCAUUAAUUACUACAGAUGAUCAAGUUUCUUGGUAUUAUAAUAGUGAUGGAUCAUUACUUAAUGUGACAGUAUCAGGUGAAGGAAGCGGUUUAUGGAAAUGGCAAUUAUUACGUGAUGUUACAAAUUAUGGCGUUUGGAAAGUUUUUGGACAAGUUGAUUCAAUUGAUGGUACAAAUGCAUAUUCUGUUGUAGCUUUUGUAUUGGCUAUUCUAUUUGUUACUAUUGCUAAUGUACUUCUUCUAAAUGUACUUGUUGCUUUAUUCAAUGUUACAAUUCAAAAUGUUGAAAACCAAUCUCAUCGAAUAUGGCGUUAUCAACGUUUUUUACUGGUUACGGAAUAUUCUAAUAAACCACCAUUACCACCACCAUUUAAUAGUCUAUAUUAUCUAUAUAUUAUUAUUCGAUAUAUAAUCGAAAAAAUUCAAGAAUAUCGUCAAAAACGUCGACAUGUUGCCAGUGAAACUUUAGUAAUGAAUUCCAUUGAUUUAAAUGAAAAUAAUAUUCGAGAAAAAUUUAAACCCAGCGAUGCAAUGCAACGUGAAAGUGCAAUAGCUAAUGACUAUUGGAGUUAUACGUUGAAACAUGAAAAGAAAGAUCAAAUUGAAGUUGCAUUACAAAAUAUUGAACGAAGACUUCAUGAUUUGCAUGAACGAAUACAUAAUGAUAAUCAAGUAUUAAGUUAUGAUCAACAAUGGCUUUCAUCUGAUGCUUAG